CUUUAUAUAUAUAUAUACAACAAUCCUAUGGGAUUACUCAUCAAUAUACAUUGCAUUCAAAGAGCUAUACCACACAAGUUACAAAUCUCUUGUACUUUUGGAUUCAAACAAGUCAUUUCCCUGAGAAUAAUGAUGAACACAAAGAAGCUACUCAAGAUGGCCAAGAAAUGGCAACAAAGAGCAGCCCUCCACAGAAAAAGAAUCUCAUUCCAGAGAUCAAGUACAUCUACUAGAAGCUCAACCGCAGUAGAAAAGGGUUGUUUUGUGGUUUACACGGCGGAUGGAUCACGCUUUGCUUUUCCGUUAAGUUACCUGAGCAACACUGUUUUCCAAGAGCUCUUGAAAAUAGCUGAAGAAGAGUUUGGCCUCCCAACAGGCGGACCAAUCACCUUGCCAUUUGAUUCGGUUUUCAUGGAGUACCUGAUCAAAUUGAUGGAACUACGAAUGGAUGGAGAUACAGAAAGGGCUCUGUUAAUGUCAAUACCUAGUGCUAGAAGUUCUGUGCCAUGCUCUUUACAACAACAACAAAAACUGUUUGUAAUUUAGAGAAUCAGUGUGUUGCGAUUUUUGCAUUUGUAAAGAUACAGUAAUUUCAGAUAUACAAAACCAUGUCUUCAUUAGAUUGUUCCACCAAAAUCUAUCUUCAUUGUAAACAAUGAAAAAUUAACUCAUUUGGUUAAUCUACGUUUGUUGUAAUGUAAUAUCUAAUUGGACAUAUUUUUGUGACUCACAUUUGAUAUAGCUUACAUAUCUAUCUACAAACUAAACUCCAACCAUUAUGCUAUCAAACAAAUCUGUAAAGAGACAUGAAUUUGGCAUUUUUUACUAUUCUUGAUAUUUACCCAAAAAAUGUGCAUAAUUAAGAGCAGCAUCUUGCAUAUUUAAAUAGUUAGAUGUUAAAUUAAGGGUUUGGAACGCUCCAAACUUGUUCACUAUGAG